CGUAGAUGUGCGCGCUCCCGGGCUGGUGGGUUGGAACGUUCUGCCUCGCCCAGCUGAAGGCCAUAAACUUGUUCCGCCUUUUAGGGUUGAGGAAAACCCAUUUAAAGACGACUCCAGCAACCUCCCAUAUGCAGGGAUUCUUGUGUUCCCCCGGAAAGUCUCACAUCAAGGUAGACCACAAACUCAAGGGUGCGGAGCAAGUCACCGACAGAGCAGGGACUGGAGCCGGGAGUCCUGAUCCCCAGGAGGCAGCGCGCCAGCUGAAUGGACCCACAGAGAAGCUGGAAGGAACUGUGAAUCCGCCAGCACCUACCGGGAACAGCAUGAACGGAAGCAGCGCGUGCUGGAGGCAGAAGUGAUGAGAGCCGCGGGCGCCCCUGGAGCUCAGCUGAGCCAGACCCGGAGAGGCUGCCUCGGAGAGAGCCUGGCUGCACCCAGUGAGAGCAGAAGCCAGGCACGGGGCUCAGACCACGAACCGCCGUCCUCAGGUUCUCACUAUUCCCUUCAGGCGGUGACUGUGUGACCGCGGGCGGUCACUUAAUCUUGCCAGGGAGGGCCUCAGUUUCCUCGUCUGUAGAAUGGGGUUGGAAAGGCAUGGCCGGGAGGUCGCAGCCAGAUAAAGCCGAGUGCUGUGUGAACGCUCCAACUUUACAGACAGAGGGGAUGUUCCUAGUGCAUUGCACCGUUUUCCCUGCCGGACAGAAGCUCCUGACCUCCGCCAUCGCUCCCGAACAAGCAGGAAACUUCACACCAAUGCCUGAGCCACCGUUCCCACAGCCCCCUCAGCGCCACCGUCUCGUGCGAGCCUCGCAGCUUCCACGAGGGGGCAGCCCAGGCCUGUCAUCGCCCCACGGUCUGAGCGGCUGCUGAGGCCAAAUGCAGUAAUGAGGGAGGGUGGUCCCCAGGAGCCCUGGCUUGGCUCCUUCCCCAUCCCCUGUCCUGUGCGGAGGACUUCGGCUGCUGAACUGGGCGUGGCACCUACUCAGGAACGCUCUGCACCCCCGCCCCAGGGCUCAGAUCACACACACACACACACACACACACACACACACACACGGCCCGCCCCUUCCUGGGAGCUGACGGUUCCCAGGACAACAGUCAAUAGUCAACACAGACUGGAGUUCAAAACGCAGCUGAGCUCAAAUGCUCUCCCCAACCUGGAGGGCCCUGUCCCCGCCAGCCACUCUGAGCUUGGGGCCUAAAGGGACAGUGAGGAGGACCCUGCCCAGGCUGUCCCGGGGUUAGAAGGGAGGGGGUGUUCCAGGAGGAGGUUUGGCUGAGCUCAGGCACAAGCACACACCUCUCCCUGUCUCUCUGUCUCUCCCUCUCUGCCCCCCCCCCACACACACACUUGCACCCAUGGGAAGCCACCCCACCCCUGGGCUCCAGAGAACCACAUCAGCUGCGUACCGAUUGCCCCCCACCAGGCCGCCAGCCUCAGUCUCCCCGGCUGCCCAGGGUGGCCCUAUGGCCGGCAGGUGUGUUGCUGGUGGCUGCCAGGCCCCCCAGGCUCCGAAGGCGCAGCGGGUGGCCCAGGGAGCUGCCUGCGGUGGAGUGCAGCAGGACCAGCUGUGGCGGGAGCUCCUGGAAGCCGAGCGGAGGGGCCAGCAGCGCUGGGUUCAGAACUGGAGUUUCCUGAAAGACUAUGACCCAAUGGGUAAUAAGAAGGAGCCUGAGAAGUUGCCAGACCAUGUGCCUCUCUUUUCGGAUACAGUCCCCAGUUCCACGAACCAAUUUGUGGGCAGCAGGCUGGACACACCCCUGGGACAGACCCUCAUCCACAUGGACUUCUUCUUCACAGAAGGGGUCCGGAAGAAGAAGCUGGAGGACGAGAUGCAGCCCAUCUAGGAGCAAGGAGGGCUGGCUGGCCUUCCUCAGCUCUGAAGUCUACAACUCCGACAUGGUGUCACUGGGCCAAAAUCGACAUGUUGCAGAGCUGUGCUCUUUUAGGAGGAUCUGGGGAAGAAUCUAUUUCCACCUUUUUUUCCAGUUUCUCAAGGUAGGCUGCAUUACUUAGCGGCUCCUUACUCUGUCUUCAAAUCCAGUCUCUAUCGUUCUCUCUCUCCUGCCUCACUCCUUCAUCUUUUAUCUCCCUCCCUUCCUCCCUCCCUCUCUUUCUUUCUUUUUUCUUUCUCUCUCUCUCUCUCUCUCUCUUUUCAGACGGUGUCGUACUCUGUCACCCAGGCUGGAGGACAGUGGCAUGAUUAUAACUCACUGCAGCCUCACACUCCCAGGCUGAAACAAUCCUCCCACUUCAGCUUCCCAAGUAGCUAGGAACACAGGCAUAUGCCACCAUGCCUGGCUAGUUUUUUAAAUCUUAUGUAGAGAUGGGGGUCUUGCUAUGUUGCCCUGGCUGGUCUUGAACUUUUGGGCCCAAAUGAUCCUCCCACCUUGGCCUUCCAAAGAACUGGGACUACAGGCAUCUGGCUUCACUCCUCCAUCUUUUCAGGACACUUGUGCUUACAUCACAACCUUCAUAUUUAAGCAAAAAAUGCAGAAAAGGCUUAGUUCCUCUUUGUUGGUUAAAAUACAAAUGGAUUCAUUCUUUCAAACAUCCGCAUUCUCCUCUUCUUCUGGGCACUCUGCUAGGCUGUGUUUUCCCUUGGUUUGGGUGGAGCAUGAGACAGAGCCAUGGUCAGCGGACUGGGAGCAAAAACCCUAGGUCUCCCUUCCAGGCCUGGUCCAUGAGACACUCCAGGUAUUGGCUUGUUCUCUUUUCCCCAUCAGCUGAAGAGGGGAGAGGACUUGGAGGAUGUGGGGAAGAGAGGGGCACAAGAUGGAAAGAGUGCAUCAGGCCUAAGCCUGGAGCCCUGAGUGAGCUUGUGGAGCAGAACCUCCCUAUACCCACAUUGGGCUGGGAGAGGAGUAAAUAAACGCCUUUUAUGUUCAGGGAAACAAACAUACAAACAAAAUAAACAAAAACUGACCAAAACAAAAACAAUAGCCCACGUCUCUAGGGUAAAGCAUUUUAAAUGCAUCUUCUCAGCAACCCAAGGGAAUAAACAGGCAGGGAUUUCAUAUUCAUUUAACACAAGCAAAACCUGAGAUCCAGAGAGGGGAAAUAAAAUCCCAAACAUACAUAAAUCCCAGGCCUCAAGCUUGAAGCCCAGUAUCCUCUGUGGGACCCCAGCCAUGGCCUCCUGAAAUGAGAAGAAAAUGGGGCAGGGGCUGAAAUGACUGCUGUGUCUUUGAUGCUUGCUUGGGUCUUAUUCGGCAGUAGCUAAACCUCACUGUUAUUUGCAUGUAUUAACUCAUUUAAUCCUCUCAGCAGCCCUUUGAGAUAGAUACUCCUAUAGAUAAUGCAACUAAAGAACAGAGAGGUUAAAUCACUUGCACAAGGUCACACAGCUGGCAAGUGGUGAAGCUGAGGUUCAGACUCGGCAGUUGAGUCUGACUCCGAAAACUGUAUACUUAAGCACUAUGCUAUAAGGGUCCCCUUUAAUUCUCAAUAAAUUGAUUCCCCAAAAUUUAGCAAAUCACAGGAUUUUUCUGCUUAAGAAAGUGUCUUGAUCCUUGAGAAAGGGAAAAUUGAUUUUUCCAGUCCCUGGGAUCCCUACUACCACCAGGAAUAGGUCAUCGAUGUUACCAGGAGUUACACAGGACACGCUAUUUCCAUGCCACACCCUGGCCCUGUGCGAGUGUGUGAUGGAGCCGACCAGGCCCAAUGUGACUUGGCCAGGAAGAGACUCAGGUAGGCCAACAAGGCACACCCUUCCUAUCUGGAUCUGGAGGCCACUGCCUUCUUUCUCAGUGUCUGAGACGGAAGCUGGGCUCCUUUCCACUCUGAGAUUAUCAUCUGGGCAAAGGUCAGUGGUCAGGACAGCCAGGGGUCCUGGUCACAUCCUGGCAGCAUCCCUUGAAGGUCAAGUGCUUGCCCUUGGGCUGGGCGGGUACAAAGAUGCUGGAAGCUCCUUAAAGACCCAAUCUGCGUUUUUGUGAUGAGCCUGCCUUAUAUUAUUUUCACACUCAAAAUAAAGACAGACUUCCAACUGAGGGAGAGAGAGGUACAAGAAAAGUCAAGGUUAAGUAUGGCUGCAGGUGAUCAGGCCUGUGCAGAGGGGAGGGAAUCACUGAGUGCCCUGGAGGGCAGUGAGGAGAGCCAGGGACCUGCGCUGGUUCUGCCUCUUCUGGAAGCACAGCCACUUACAGACAAUGCAGCCUGUAGGAACAGACUCUGGGCUUGGCACAUUACUCACAUUGUGACUUUUGCACAUAUUAUAAUUGUCAUCAUUUGAGAAGUUUAGAAACUAAGCCAAAGCCUUCACACAAUCUGGUCAGGGUCACAUAACUAGUGAAGACCAGGAUCCAUCUCAGGUGUGACUUCUCCAUGCUGCCUUCCCCCCUCCAGGCCUCAGUCUCCACAGUUAUAAAACAGGGAGGAGAGAAGGAGACAGAUUUAAGGGCAUCUCCAGCUCCAGGAUUCUGUUCUUUGAGCAUUCUGGGAGUACUGGAGAACAAGGGGCUUGGGUUCUUUGCAGGGUGCAUUAGUCAGCUGUGACAAUGCUGUGCAACAAAACAGCCCCUUCCUCACUCACAGGUCUGGGCUUGGCUAGACUUGGCUCCAUACUUCAGGCUGGUGAAGUCUUCUGUGCAUGUCUCCUGUUCUCUUGGACCAAAAGCCUCUUUGGACAUAUUUUUCUCACGGCACAUCACUAGGGCGCAAGGGCCCAACCGAACCGUGCACGUUCCGCAAGCAGAACUGCUUUCUGUACUCUGCAAUGACCUGUCUCAUGCCAAACCCCUCCUCACAACCAGCCCCAACUACCCUCUGCUCCUUGCCACAUCUGCCUUCCUUUCAAGAAGAUGCCUGCUUCUAACCUUCCCUGUCUCACCCACUGGGAGCCCAGGAAACAAGGAAAGAGGCAUCUGCAAUGAAAUCCCAAUGCCAGCCUCUCACCUUGUUUGGACCAGAACACAGGAGGGUAGAUGGGCCAGGAGGUGGUGAAGAAGAGGGCACCAAGCCUGCAGAGUCAGCACCAGCAAAAAGAAAAGGAGGCAUUACCUAUAAAGAGUGGGCACUUGGAGACCAAGCACCAGGAGGCAGCAGGGCUUCGUGAAAGGGCUGGAAGCAGGAGCUGAGAGCCGUAGCAAGCCUGGAGGGACACUUGCUUCACUUUUAAUCACUGCUCCUCUGAGCACCUCUGCUUCUCUCUCCUGUCUGUAGCAGACCAGCGUCUCUGCUUCCAGGUGACAAAAAAUGACCUCCAUCCACAGAAGUAUGAGGUGCGCCUGGAGCAACUUCCUGUGCCAGAAACUAAGGAAAAUUCAAAAAAUGAGGAUAUGGAAAAGGAAUAAAGGACCAACCUAAAUUUGGGACCACAUGAGUGUCAAAAUGAAGAACGGUAAUAGCCCCUCGACCACACCAUGAUCCCCCCAGCCAGUGCCCACAAGCCCCACCUAAUAAUAAUAAUAACAGGCGGGGCACGGUGGCUCACACCUGUAAUCCCAGCACUUUGGGAGGCCAAGGUGGGCGGAUCACCAGGUCAAGAGAUCGAGACCACCCUGGCUAACAUGUUGAAACCCCGUAUCUAUUAAAACUACAAAAAAAUUAGCCGGGCAUGGUGGUGUGUGCCUGUAGUCCCAGCUACUUGGGAGGCUGAGGCAGGAGAAUUGCUUGAAACUGGAAAACGGAAAUUGCAGUGCAUUGGGAUCACACCACUGCACUCCAGCCUGCUGAUAGAGUGAGACUCAGUCUCAAUAAUAAUAACAACAACAAAGAAUCCAUUAGUUCAUACUAAUAGUUUUUGAUGAAAUUUUAAGUACUAACGAAACUCCUUUCUGUUCAAGAAUGCAGAAUAAAUGAUAACAGAAAAAUCACCAUUGAAUGACCCACAGCCAUCACGGUACUGUUGUGACGAGGGGUUUGGCAUGGUGACAUGUCAUUGCAGAGUACACAAAAUUCAUUCUUGAUUUAGGCAAGAAUCAAUAAAAGACACUAAAAUGAUUGAGUCAAAGAUUCUUAAGGAAUAGUAAAUGCUGAAAUCUAGAAGAUACUGCCUUAACCAAACUAUCAAACCAAACCUCAUCAAUAACAGAGCAGCUGACUCCAGGCUCCCCCUGGUGUGGUUCACUGAGGACCACUCGCCUAGGAAGCACUCCUGCCAAAAAAAAGAAAGUAACCAGAGUAUAAUCAGGAAGCAGCUCCGGGCAAACCCAAAUUGAGAAGCGUUCUGCCGAAGAGUUAGCCUUGAUUCUUCAAGAACAUCCAUGUCUACUGGGCAUGGUGACUCACGCCUGUAAUGCCAGCACUUUGGGAGGCCAAGGUGGGUGGAUUGAUCGAGCUCAGGAGUUCGAGACCAGCCUGUACAAUGUGCUAAAACCACAUUUCUACUAAAAAUACAAAAAAUUAGCCAGGUGUGGUGAUGCAUGCCUGUCGUCCCAGCUGCUUGGGAGGUUGAUGUGGUGGAAUCACCUGAGCCCAGGAAGUCAAGGUUGCAGUGAGCUGUGAUCUCGCCACUGCCCUCCAGCCUGGACAACAGAAUGAGACCCUGUCUCGGAAAAAAAAAAAAAGUCAGUGUCAUAAAAGACAAAGGAAGGCUGGGGAAGUGACUCAGCCCCUGAUCCUUGACUGGCUCCUGGGUCAAAGCAAAAGAGCUCUAGGUCAGGCGUGGUGACUCACACCUGUAACCCCAGCACUUUGGGAGGUCAAAGACGGGCAGAUCACUAGGUCAGGAGUUCAAGACCAGCCUGGCCAAAAUGAUGAAACCCCAUCUUUACUAAAAAUACAAAAAUUAGCUGGGCAUGGUGGUGGGCGCCUAUAGUCCCAGCCACUCAGGAGGCUGAGGCAGGAGAAUUGCUUGAACCUGGGAGCCAGAGGUUGUGGUGAGUCUAGAUCGUGCCACUGCACUCCAGCCUGGGCGACAGAGCAAGGCUCUGUCUCACAAACAAACAAACAAACAAACAAACAACUCUAAAGGACAAUUUGCAGACUAAAUGUAUCAUCGAGAAAGUGCAGAGUGUGGUGAUUCCACUGAGGCUCUGCUGAAGAAAGCCCUUGUUCUUAGGAGGUGUUUGCUGAGAAGUGCUGUGAUAUAUAACAAACUUGCAAGUGGCUUAACAAAAAAUUGUGUGGUGUGUAAAUAGGGACGGAUCAAACAAGAUAGAUAAAACUGUCAACAAUUGAUUCGUGUAGGUGAAGAGUACAUGGGUGUUCACGGUACUAUUUUUGAAACCUCUCUAUCGGUUUAGGUUUUUUUUUUUUUUUAGACGGAUUCUUGCUCUGUUGCCCAGGCUGAAAUGCAAUGGUGCAAUCUCGGCUUACUGCAAUCUUUGCCUCCCAGGUUCAAGUGAUUCUUCUGUCUCAGCCUCGAGAGUAGCUGGGAUUACAGGCACUCGCCACCAUACCUGGCUAGUUUUGGUAUUUUUGCAGACACAGGGUUUCACGAUGUCGGCCAGGCUGGUCUACUCUUGGCCUCAGGUGAUCCACCAGCCUUAGCCUUUUAAAGUGCUGGGAUUACAGGUGUGAGCCACUGUGCCUGGUGGUUUAGGAAUUUUUUUAAAAAAUGAAGGUGGGAGAAUGGCCACUAUGAAAGAAAAAUAAAUCUCAGGAUUCCAAAAUCACUAAUCUAAGGGAAAAAUCAAGUGGGGAUCCUGUCUCCCAUUUUAAUUCCUGAAUGAGAUGGUUGUAAAGAUGAGAGAGCUACAUGCCUCCCUCACAAUUUCCCGAAGGAAAUUCCGUGUGGGCUUCAAGAUCUUUGCCCUAUUCAGGAUCAUGCCAAGAAUUAAAAAAAAAACUUUUCUUUUUUCUUUUUGAGACAGUCUUGCUUUGUCACCAGGCGCCAUGCCAGAGUGCAGUGGCACAAUCUCGGCUCACGGCAACCUUCACCUCCUGGGUUCAAGCAAUUCUCCUGCCUCAGCCUCCUGAGUAGCUGGGACUACAGGCACACACCACCACGCCCAGCUAAUUUUUGUAUUUUUUAGUAGACAGGGGGUUUCACCAUGUUGGCCAGGAUGGUUUCGAUCUCUUGACCUCAUGAUCUGCCCGCCUCAGCCUCCCAAAGUCCUGGGAUUACAGGCGAGAGCCACUGCGCCCAGCCAAAAAAAAAAAAAACUUUACCCUGAAAACAGUUCUAUUGACCUUGACCCUGGCAAUGUAAACUGACAGCUGAUUUUAAUAGGUGCAGGACAGAAAGUCAUUCCUCUGCUCACCCGAAAUUCUUGUCUAAUUCAGCCCUACUGUUUAUGUAAAAAUGCAGACUCAUUGAGCCAGACUAGAUUGUGUAUUCGCUGAAUGGCUGAUCAAGGACUCAAGAGAUUGCAACCUGGCUGGGCACAGUGGCUCAUGCCUGUAAUCCCAGCAGUUUGGGAGGCCAAGGCGGGCAGAUCACGAGGUCAGGCAUUCGAGACCAGCCUGACCAACAUGAUGAAACUCCAUCUCUACUAAAAAUAUCAAAAUUAGCCAGGCAUGGUGGCACAUGCCUAUAAUCCCAGCUACUCAGGAGGCUGAGGCAGGAGAAUCGCCUGAACCUGGGAGGUGGAGGUUGCAGUGAGCCAAGAUGGCUCUACUGCACUCCAGUCUGGGCGACAGAGAGAGAUGCCAUCUCCAAAAACAAAAAAAAGGAAUGCAAUCUAUUGCCUCUCAUCUACCUAUCUUGGAGUUGUCCUGCCUUACUGGAUGGAACCAAAGUAUAUCUUACCUAUAUUAAUCAAUGCCUCAUGUCUCCCUAAGAUCUAUAAAACCAAGCUGUACCUCAACCAUCUUGGGCACAUGUCACCAGGACUUCCUUGGCAAAAUAAAGUUUUAAAUUGGUUGA